CAUUUGUUUUACCUACUAGAUUCAUAAUAAAAGCCGGAAAAAAGGAACUAUGGCGGACAUGAACGAUGAAGUUGAUGCGGUGACGCAUUCAAAGGCUCUAAUGCUUGGAUUAAAUGAACUUCGGAAGGCCGACAAACUGUUGGAUGUUACAUUGUUGGUUGAAGGUUCAUCUUUCAAGGCUCAUCGAGUUGUCCUGGCGGCAUGCAGCGACUAUUUCGCCGCCAUGUUCACAGAUCCCAUGAAAGAAGCCCAACAAUCCGAAAUAAAACUUAUCGACAUACCCGUCCGCGGUAUGCACAGUUUACUCGAGUACGCUUACACAUCGAAAUUAGAUUUAAAUCGCAAUAAUAUUCAAGAUAUCCUAGCAGCUGCCACCCAUGUUCAAAUGAAUGCCGUCGUUCACUCCUGUUCCACUUACCUAGAAUCUCAAAUAGACAUGGAGAAUUGUGUCGACAUAGCUACACUAGCUGAUCUCUAUUCGUUGAAUAAUCUCAAACACAAAACCUACCGAUUUAUUUGUGCUCAUCUGUGGGAAUUCGCUAAAACUCCAGACAUGGAUAAUCUAAGCUGCGAACAGCUUGAGUAUAUUCUUAGCUGUGAUUAUCCUGUUGAUUGUUCGGAAGAAUUAGUUCUGCAUAUUGUAGCCGAGUAUUGUGUGAAGAAAAUAGUUUCCUUAGAAAAUGCUACGAAACUCUUCACAAAAAUCCGGUUCGAUCAAAUCAAUACAAUUGAUUUUAAGAUUUGGCCGGUGUUUCCUUCUGUUGAUGAGGAUAAGCAUUUGCCGUACUUCAAUGUAAUGCGGGCGGCGGGUUUUCAGCAAAAGAAGUCCUGCAAAAAAAAGUAUUCUAACUGUGAUCUCCUGAGAAGCAACAUUCUGACAAAUACUCGAGGCAUGGAAUUGGCGCUAGUCAAAAUUGGAGGUUUCUAUAUAAAUGGAGUACACAAUCAACUCAGUUUUGCUCUGCCCAAUGAGCGGAAGUGGCAUCAGCUCACUUGUAUUCCGCACAUCGAACAAUGUAACUAUGGAACUGCGGUUCUGGGCAAUGAUCUAUUCGUUGUCGGUGGCUCGUACGAUGUCUGUCUGAAGGAGUACAUUCACGGGUUUGGGUUUCGCUAUAGUGCUGCUAAGGACAAGUGGUCAACGAUAUCCCCCAUACAGUCGGAAAGGUGUCGAUUUUCGUUGAACGCAGUUGGAAAUUUCCUCUACGCAGUUGGGGGAGUGUGUGACCAAAUCGAGGGAGCGGACGACACUUGGCUCGAAGGUCGACGAGAGUCGAAUUGUGAGAAAUACAAUGUAGAAGCUAAUACAUGGGAGUACAUAAAGCCACUGAGAGAAAAUCGAAGUCAACACGCCGGAGCUGUUCAGAAUCACUUUUUAUACAUAUCAGGUGGAAUUGAUAGACAUUUGGUGUUAUCUUCGUUUUGGCGCUAUGACACCCACAGUGACAAUUGGCAGCAAAUGAGCCCAAUGCCAAAGCCGAGAGCAGACCAUGUAAUGCUGGCCAUUGAUGACAAGAUUUAUGCCUGCGGCGGUUGGUUUGAAGAUCCGAACACCGGAACGAGGGUUCUAAUCGACGAUAUCGAUGUUUAUGAUGUUGGCACGGACAGCUGGUAUUUGGAAACUAAAAAUCCAGUUCCUACGUUCCAUGCUGGCAUUUCGGCGGUACGAAAUAAAAUUUACUUUGUUGGUGGACUGCUAUCGGACGAAACAAUAAAUUGCUCUUCGAACGUUCAAACUUAUGAUCUUUUAGCCAAAGAAUGGUCUACACUAACAGAAUGGGAAGGAGCCAAACCCACAUGGGAGUGUACGUGUGCUACAUUUUAUGUACCACGUUGUCGAGAAGGUAUAUAAAAUAAAGAAUAGAAAAUACUCAGUAUAUAUUAGAGUAGGUAUUUUUUUCAAAACAACGACUAUAGCUGCCUUUUAUGGUUUGUUUUUAAAUUAAUUGUGUUAUUGUAAAUAAUAUUUAUAAAUAUUUUAUGUACAAUCUUAAUUGUAUUUAUACUUUAAAAA